UGUUUUUAAACAUUUUUGUUGUUUGCUUAGUUUAUCUACUAAUUUUCUCUUACCACUGUGUAAAUGAGACUUGCUCCAUAAUUAGGGGCGAAUACUCCAAUACCGGUUACUUCUGUACUUAGUUAAAUUCCUGAACAAAAAGUAUAAUUAUGGCGACUCUAAUCUGCAGAGGAGUUUCUUCCAAACUUCUAAAAGUUCAAAAUUCUACAUCAACGAAGAAUUUUUCAACAUUCGUAAAGAAGAACAAGAUUGUACUUGGAGCUUCUGCUUUGCUUGUUGGGGGUGGGGCAGCAACGAUGGCAGCACUCCAUCAAGCUGUUUAUGCGUCUGAUCUCAUUCUUCAUCCACCUGCGAUGCCAUGGGAACAUAAUGGCAUUUUUACAACACUAGAUACAGCUAGUGUUCGACGAGGAUUCGAGGUUUACAAACAAGUAUGUGCUGCUUGCCAUAGUCUCGAAUAUGUCGCUUUCCGAAAUUUAGUCGAUGUCACUCACACAGAAGAUGAAGCGAAAGAACUAGCAAAGGAAAUUAUGGUGGCGGAUGGACCAAAUGACGAAGGUGAAAUGUUCGAAAGGCCUGGAAAACUCUUCGAUUACUUUCCAAAUCCUUAUCCAAAUGAAGAAGCAGCACGAGCAGCUAACAACGGUGCUCUUCCUCCAGAUCUGAGUUAUAUAGUAUUGGCUAGACACGGAGGGGAAGAUUAUAUUUAUUCACUUCUCACUGGAUAUUGUGAUCCACCUGCUGGUGUAACAAUGGCUGAAGGUCAAUAUUUUAAUCCAUAUUUUCCUGGGCAAGCCAUCGGAAUGGCCCAAGCAUUGUAUAAUGAAAUUAUAGAAUAUGAGGAUGGAACGCCUGCAACGCAAAGUCAGUUAGCAAAGGAUGUCUCUACAUUUCUACGUUGGUGUGCGGAACCAGAACAUGAUAAACGAAAGGAAUAUGGUUUCAGAGUGCUUGUUUUCUUCGCAAUAGCAUUUCCGUUGAUGGGAUUGCUUUAUAAAAGAACAUUCACUACACUCAAAUCAAUGAAAGUUCAGUUCAAGAAAUGAUAAUUUGUGUUCCUUUUGUUCUUUGUUCCAGAUCUCCAAUUUGAGAUUUAGCAUUUGGUAUUUCAGAAGAAAUUUUGAACCAUAAAUUUUAAUGAAUCUUUUAUUAUUAAUACUUCUAUAUGAACAACAUUUAGUAAUAGGUUAAAUUGUCUUGUCUAUUGAACAAUGCUCUUCUUUUAUUGAUUACGGUAAUUGUUUUCACUAUAUCCAGUUUGAUAGUGCUAAAUCUCAGAAUGGCGAAUUCUGUGACAUAAAAUUGUCAAAAUAAAUUAAUAGGAGUGCUCAGUUUAUUUAUCAAGUUCAUCAUAAGCGUUAUAUCUGUUUGUUCAAGGCUUAAGACUUUCUUCUUUUGUUUUUUGACUAACUGGUAUGCUCUUUUGAAUUAACAAUAUGUGCUUUAUUUAGA